GUCGCUUUACUCACUUUUCACGAUUAUUCUAGUUGCAUGUGUAUUACGUCGUCGUGGAUUAAUCAUCCUGAAUAAUCGACCAUAAUUGACGAAAUCGCAUCAGAAUUUUCUUCAGCUGUAGCAGAAGAAUCUCUUUCAAUAAAGAAGUGAAAGGAGACGAAGUGCUUUCGUGCGAGCGCGUAUCUAAUGGAGAGACGAGAUUUUAGCAUCAAAAGUUAACUUCGGUGGUUCUACAGAAACGGCAGUUUCAUGUGCUCAUCCGACGAAGAAGAUGGUCAUAAAAAUAUUAGUCAAGGACGAUGGACUGGAAAUGACCACCGGAAACUGGGUCAUAACUGACGAAACGACUUCUCACAUUUAUGCUAUGCUAAACUAACUUAUUGAAGAUUCUAUAUAAUGGAUAACACACACAAUUUAACUUACGAUAACUUAACGUACGAUGAUACGGAAUUCCUAAACUGUGAACUUAAUUUAUCUUUUAUCGCUAUAAUUAAUCAGAUACUCUACUCCAUCGUUUGUAUUGUUGGACUUCUUGGGAAUACUUUGGUCAUUUAUGUUGUUCUACGCUUCGCGAAGAUGCAGACUGUCACAAAUAUGUACAUUGUGAACUUGGCGAUCGCGGACGAGUGCUUCCUAAUCGGUAUACCAUUUUUAGUAACAACGAUCAGUUUACGUGGCUGGAUCUUUGGUAAUAUUAUGUGCAAAGUGUAUAUGAUCACGACAAGUAUCAAUCAGUUUACCAGCAGCAUCUUUCUACUCAUCAUGAGUGCUGAUCGCUACGUUGCUGUGUGCCACCCGAUUUCAUCUCCGAAGAUGCGUACGCCUUUCAUCUCAAAAAUAAUUUCGCUUUCUGCCUGGAUCACUAGCGCUCUUUUCAUGAUACCGAUAUUUCUUUAUACAAAUACCAUGGAAUACACAGAUGGCGUUGUCAGUUGCAACAUUUAUUGGCCUAAUGAUCACGGUGGUCAUACUACUUUUACGUUUUACAUGCUUAUCUUCAGCUUCAUCGUUCCCUUAAUAUUUAUACUGGUUUUCUACUUACUGGUGAUAAAAAAGCUGCGAACAGUGGGUCCAAAGAACAAAUCAAAAGAGAAGAAACGAUCACAUCGAAAGGUCUCCAGGCUGGUCUUAACAGUUAUCGUUGUAUAUGUCUUCUGUUGGUUACCUUAUUGGGUCACUCAAGUGGCCUUGAUAUAUACCCCGCCAAAACAAUGUCAAACCAAUAUUAGUAUUGCAAGUUUUCUGCUAGCUGGUUUCCUGAGUUAUAGCAAUAGUGCUAUGAAUCCAAUUCUAUAUGCUUUUUUAAGUGACAAUUUUAAAAAGAGUUUCCUGAAGGCAUGUAAUUGUGCUGCUGGAAAGGACAUUAAUGCGACACUGAACAAUGAAAAUAGCGUGUUUCCAAGAAGAAAAAUUAAUGAUGAUAGAUUACAACCUGAUCAAAUGAUAGCAGCUGGAUCAUCUAGAAUGGAUUUUGACGAUGAGGAGACGGACAGAGGAUUUCUUAGCAAGACCUCCACCACCACAGUGACGAUGACAUCGAGAUCAAACAUCGAGAUCACAGUGAGCAGCGAUUACAGAGAUCCAGUACAAAGGAAUAAAGAUUUAAAUAAGAAUGGUGCACAAUUAACUCUGUUGACGCAGGUUUGAGCGCGAUAUAUUAUAAUACAGCAGACUGUCUAGGAUGAGAACUCAUUGCGAGUCGUAAACGCAAAAUCCAACAAGUCCUCCAGCAAAUCGU